AUGAACUUCGCAGUACCGAUGGAGUAUACAGCACGCCACCUCCACAAUUAUGCCAAUCAACACCCAAAUACCUGUUUACAACCUAACUGUGGAAUAACGCUAGAUGGCAUAACAGCCCGCCUUAAAGAUAUAGCACUGAAUUAUUUAAACUAUUUUAAGCCCCCACAGUCAAACCUCACUAAAGAAGAAUUUAAUGCCUUACGUAAUUUACAAAAAAAUAAAAACAUUAUCAUUAUCCGACCAGAUAAAGGCAACGGAAUAGUCAUUUUAGAUCGCUUAAAUUACGUAGAAAAAUUAAACAACAUUCUAUCGGAUAACACAAAAUUUAUUAACAUACCAUUUAAUAACCUAUUUAAAUUAAUGUUAUCAUUUGAAGACAAUUCCCGGAAAAAACUUAAAAAUUGCUCUUCCAAGAUAUUCAAAGAAACUGCUCCCACUGGUUCACAACUUAGACGUUUAUACGGAGUCCCAAAAGUGCACAAAACUGGUGGCCCUCUAAGACCGAUUCUCAGCUCCAUGAAUACUCCAAACUAUCUGUUAGCUAAAUAUCUUGUCCCACAUCUUCAAAUACUGACUGAAAACGAAUUCACAGUAGAAGAUACAUUUUCAUUUGUGAAGGAAAUUACCAACCAAGACAGACAAAAAGAUGGAAUUAUGGUAAGUUUCGACGUUGAAAGUCUGUUUACAAAUGUUCCCUUAGAUGAAACCAUCAACAUAAUUUUCUAUAUUUGUUAG